AUGUCUCGUCGCGCUACGCCGGGCCAAGCGGCUCAGAACCAGCAGACUAUCAAAAGUUUGCUGAAGCUCGAGUCCAACAAGAUUUGUGCCGACUGCAAACGCAAUAAGCAUCCACGAUGGGCGUCCUGGAAUCUGGGAAUUUUCAUUUGCAUUCGUUGCUCGGGCAUUCACCGUGGCAUGGGCACACAUAUUAGUCGGGUCAAGUCCGUGGAUUUGGAUGCCUGGACCGAUGAACAACUUCAAAGUGUCGUGAGAUGGGGCAAUGGGCGGGCGAACAAGUACUGGGAGGCCAAGUUGGCACCUGGACACGUUCCGUCGGAAGCUAAGAUCGAGAACUUUAUCCGAACCAAGUACGAGGCCAAGCGCUGGGUGAUGGAAGGAGCAAUGCCAGACCCCUCUACCCUGAGUGAUGGAGAUGAUGACGUGCCUCUUGCGGUUGUCCAGGAAAAGGCCAAGAUCGAACGUUCCGCAUCGCAGCGAGUCGUCGCACCCAGCCAACCCCCGGCGCAACGUCAACCAGCCCCGAUCGACCUAUUCGGUGAUGAUAUGAUCUCUGCCCCGCCUCGUCCCAGUACAACCGAGCCUACACCUCGUGCACCUCCCAGACAAGCGCCGCCUCCCCAGCAAAAGGCUCACAAGCCUGCUGAUUCAUUGCUCGGUCUGGACUUCUUCGGCAGCGCCCAGCCCUCCGCCGGCAGCCGCCCCUCGAGCACAGCAUCAACACCCGCCGCUCCCACCGGCAUGUCUCGACCAGACCUGAAACAAUCCAUUCUAUCAUUGUACUCGAAGCCCCAGCCGGCUCCCGUUCAACAUGCGCGGACCAAUUCCUUUGGUGACCUGGCAUCUCCGCAGCCUCCCUCCGCGGCGUCGAACAUGGGAGGUCUUACGGAUGCCUUCAGCGGGCUUAGCUUCCCCUCUACCACCUCCCCUCCCCCGGUCAAGCCAGUCGAGAAGCCAUCUCCUUUUGCCGGUCUCACCAACUUCCCGAAUACCAAGUCAACACCCGCGGCGCCCAGAGUCACCUCGCCUUCAAGUUCGGCUAGCGGCGAUCUCUUCGAGAGCUUGACCUCUCCCACUCUGUCCGCACACAACACUCAGUCGCGCAAUGCCUCUAUCUCCAGUGGACAGGACUUUGGCUUUGGUGGAUUUGCCUCCCCAACCACCAAGUCCGCUAAGCCUAACCCUCCUUCUUCAUCUCUGUCGAACGACUUGUUCGGCCUGUCCUCACCACCUCCCGCUCCCGCAGCAUCUGUGGCGCCCUCUAGGCCCAUAGUCUCUUCUCCCCAGCAGGAGAUGAGCUCUGCAUUCAACCUCUCAAGCCCUCCCAUCCAGCCUUCAGCGCCCGCCAAGCCUACCGUUCCAGUUGCAACUGCUGCUGCUGCCAACGUCAUGUCCGCUAGCAUGGAUCCUUGGGGAGGCAAUGCCUGGGGAAGCCCAGACCCCGUACCUGAGCCUGCCCCCGCGCCGGCCGCAACCCAUUCAUCCAACAUGAUGAAACUCCCUGAUACCUUGACCGCCAAUGACAUCGGCAGUGGCUGGGGCGCACCACCCAAGCCUACUCCCACCGUGGCAGCAGAUGAGGACUUUGGAGGCUGGACAAGCGCCGCCCCCGUCUCCUCGGGUACUACAUCAACCUCGAACUCCAAGCCGGCUGGCGGGUUUGGUGGUGGAUCUGAUGACCUCUUCUCUAACGUGUGGGAAUAA